CAUUUAACAAGUGGGCUGCUGUAUCGAAGUUUUGCAGUAGUAACAAACAGUCACCCAUCAACAUCGACAAGACCAAGGUAAAGAAGAACAGGCAGCUAGGAAAGAUAUCAUUUAUUGGAUACGACAUCCCUCUACAGAGUGCUAUGAUUAAAAACAAUGGACAUACUGCACAGGUCACUGUAACUGGAAACCAGAGUCCAGCGAUCGAAGCUGGCGGACUGGGGAACAUGUAUACAUUCUUACAACUUCACUUUCACUGGGGCAAGUACGAUAGCAGGGGCUCCGAACACACGGUGAAUGGAAAAAAGUAUCCUCUGGAG